AUGAAGUCCAUAAUCCUAAUUCUAUUCCUAGCAUCAGCCAUUCUUUGCUCCGUAGGUGAUACCCUACCUGAAUUCCAAGCAUGUUUGCAAAAGUGUCCACCGUGCAGUUCUCCUGGUAUCUUUUGGUCUUGCGAAGCCCAAUGUAACUAUCAAUGUCAACAAUAUAUUACAGAUCAAAGAGAACGCUCGGGGCUAGAAGUGGUUCAAUUCUAUGGGAAAUGGCCAUUUGUUAAAGUUUUUGGCAUACAAGAGUUCUUUUCUACUAUAUUUUCGUUGGGUAAUUUUUAUGUUAAUUAUCGAAAUUUUUUCAAGAUUCAUCGACAAUAUCGUAAAAGUGAUGGGGAGUAUCGAAUAAUGUAUUUCCAAUACUUGUUAUUGUUGGGAGUUAGUUGUAUUGGAUGGGGCUUUAGUACGAUUUUCCAUUUGAGGGAUACUGCCAAAACUGAAACUCUUGACUAUUUUGGUGCCUUUGCAAUCAUGUUGGUUAAUUUGAAUGCGAUCUUUGUUCGCUAUUUUGAGUUGUAUAAGAAAUUGGGUCUAUUAAGACUUUGGUGGUUUUCUUUGAUGAUUGUUUUUAUAUACCAUUGCAAUAGGUUACUAACAAAUUGGGAUUAUUCAUACAAUAUGAAAACGAAUAUCGCAACGGGCAUAUUCACAAUGGUAUUAUGGAUCUUACAUUCAUUAUCAACAUUAAGAAAGUAUAAUAAAAAUUACUUGGUUUAUAAUAAUUCAAUUCAAUUAUUGCCAUUUGAAACGAAACUUCUUAACAAAUUGAACUAUAUUUCGAUUGCUAAAUCCAAGUUAAUCCCAUUAAUUCCAAUAUCAAACAAUUUGUUCUUACUAUGUGGUUUAAGUUUGGAAGUAAAAGAUUUCCCUCCUAUUGCAAGAUUAAUCGAUGCUCAUAGUUUAUGGCAUUUGGUAACAAUAUUUCCAAGUAUAAUUUGGUUUGAUUGGAAUAUAUGGGAUAUUGAGAUGUCAAAGAUUGUGACAACCCCGAAAUAG